AUGUAGUGUUAACGUUUUGCAUUUACUGUCCGGAUCAUCACAAGUAACGAAGAAAAGUCUACAAGUGGAGAUUUGUCCAAGAAGAUUCAACAAGUGAAGGAAAAGCACUUUGUUAACUGAUAAAAGGACGCGCAUGAUGGUUUCAUGUGGACUCACUGUGAACUGGGAUUAAGGAACGUUUAUUUGCGUGUGGAAUUAUAACUUUCAAAGAAAGACUGCAAGAUGUUGCUAAAUAUAAAACACAUAUUGUGGUUGUUCUGCAUAUACCACUCAACAACUGGACCAGUCUCUAGCACAUUAUUGGAGAUGCGUCCUGUCAGUGGCUUGUUGUCUGGGAAAGUGACUCUUCCGUGUUACUUCUCCAUCAUGCCUACUAUUGGACCAAGAAACAAAGACGCGUCAGGAUACGAUUACCUGCGCAUUAAGUGGACCAGAAUUGAUGGGGGUGUGGAGUCUACUGUUCUUGUCACCCAAAAUGGUGUCAUUAAGAUUGGUUCGGGCUACAGGAGUCGUGUAUCUGUGCAGAGUCACCCGGAGGACAUUGGUGAUGCUUCUCUCACUAUGGUGAAACUUCGGGCUAGUGAUGCUGGAACAUACCGAUGUGAAGUGAUGUUUGGGAUCGAGGACACACAAGACACAGUCAAUUUAAAUGUUGAUGGCGUGGUGUUUCACUACAGGUCGAAGGUCAGCAGAUAUAUUCUGAACUAUGCACAAGCUGUGCAGGCCUGCAGCGAUGUUGGAGCGACCAUUGCUACAUCAGAACAGCUGAGAGCUGCUUAUGAAGAUGGAUUUGACCAGUGUGAUGCUGGCUGGAUAGCAGAUCAAACAGUGAGAUACCCAAUCACGAGACCCAGGCCUGGCUGUUUUGGAAACCUGCCUGGAAAACCUGGUGUUAGGUCGUAUGGCAAACGGAAACCCACAGAAACUUAUGAUGUGUUCUGUUAUGUGGAUAAACUUGAGGGUAAUGUUUUCUUUGCACCCACACUGCAAAAGAUGACCUUUGAUGAAGCCAAAGCAGUGUGUGAAAGCAAUAAUGCAGAGCUGGCCUCACCUGGUCAACUUCACGCUGCCUGGAGGCAGGGCCUGGACCGCUGUGAUUAUGGCUGGCUUUCUGAUGGCAGUGCACGCCAUCCUGUCUCCGUACCCAGAAGUCAGUGUGGUGGUGGUCUGCUGGGAGUACGGACCAUGUACCGCUACCGAAACCAAACAGGCUUCCCAGAUCCCAGUAUGAGGCUUGGCGCAUACUGUUUCCAAGGCACUAAGAUUAUAUUCAACCAGUCAUCUUGGAUAGAUGUCACAAUCAAGAGCAGUACCACAAUAAAGCCCACCACCCCAUUCUUCUCCACAAAGACCACCACAGGCCAGACUCUCAUCCCUGAUGCCAGUUCCUCUAAUGCUAUUACUGAAAACAACCUGUCUCCAACUGAUGCCCCUUCAAUGUUUUCUACAAGCAUGGCGCCACCAAAGACAAGCCGCGUCCCCGACAGACUAGAAUCUGUCUACACAUCAUACUCAGCAGCAGUCAGUGUGAAAUCAGAGGAAAGCUUCUCCACAACAAAACUUUCAGAUUUUGAUAUUGAAGAUUUUGGCGCUGAGAAGGCUGAUGAUGAUGCAAAAGUGCGUGGAGAUGUGGUCCGUGGUGAACUUACUACUGUAGCUCCUAAAGUUACAGAGGAACCGAUGGAGGAACCAGAGGACAAGAUCAUCAUUAAAGUGAAAACGGUUCUACCUGAUGUUUUACUCUCAGCCCCUCCCAGCACAAAACCGAUGUUUGCAAUUGGGAGAACAGAGGAAUCUAUUGUGGUUGGGGUUACAACAGACAGAGAUUUGGGGACAGAUGCCACUGUGCUAAACACUGAAGAAUCUGAACAUAAAACUGAAUCAUCCUCACAGACGGCAAGUGAGAGCAGUUCUGGUAAAGAUGAAGAUGUAUCUCGUGCUUCCACACGGUCAACAGAAGCCACUUUCCUUGAGAGUGCCAAUACUGUAAUUCCUGAGUAUGAAGAUGAGACUGCUGAUGGUGUUGUUAUGGCAGGUCCUCCACCUUUGUCUACACAGAGCUCCACCAGCCCUCAUCCCGAAUCUUCAGAGAACUCCAGUGGACUUAAUAUCACAGAUUCAGCAGUUACACCAACCGUUUUUAUGCAAAGCACAACUCAACGACCAACUAUAGAAAGCUCAGUAACCUCACAAAAAGGGUCUCAGACAUUCUCCAGCUUUUCAGAAAAAGAAAGUACUGAAUUGACUGACCAUGUUACAAGGUCAGCAGUUUUGAUUACACUUAGUUCAGGCACAGUUGCUGCAGGGGCAGUGAUAACAACACCUUCAGUUGCUGACCACGAAACAACACAAGAGGAAACUGCUUCAGGACCUUCAGAUGCACCAAAGGAGACACUAACAGAGGCCACACACACCACCGCUGCUUCAGAUCACGCCUCAGUUAAUGAACGUCUGAUGCCCUUUGAAGAACCACAUUCUCACAUUGCCCAGAUGGUAGUCAUUCCUGAGUUACCUGAUGAUGUUCUUACUAGUGAUGGGGUGACUGUAAUGGAAAGUGUUGAUUUCUUGUCCUCUGCAACUGUAACCCCAACAGACAGUUACAUAAAUGGCAAUCUUGAGGUAACACUUCAGCCUAAAGUUGUGACAAAAGAACCUAGAGGAGAUACAUUUGGAAGUGAUUCUCUUGGAGUAACUGACAAAAUUGAAACUUUUGAACUAGAUAGUUCAUUAGUGGAACCUGGCAGAACAGCACAUGAAUCAUUGGUAUCAGGCUCCACAAUAGUGUCCCCUUUAUUUUCCACAACCCUUGAUCCCAAUAUUGAAUUUGGCCAAAUAAAUUUAGUAGUAGAAUCCACUCUUCCAUCAGCUUCUAUAGAAAUUACUAAAGAGGAGAUGCUCAUAUCUGAAGGAACAAACAUUCCAACCUCUGCUAAUGAAAAACAAUCUUCUGCGAAGCCUGUACAUGCAGCAACUCCUUUGGAUCAUGAUGACACUACCGAGUCACACAUUUCCCCUCAAGUGCAUAGUGUUAGCUCAAUAACAGGGGACAAAGCCAAAGAUACAGCUGCUACGACAAAGGUCAUUGCAAAGACAGCACAGAAAGAUGAAUUUACUACAACCUCACCACCCACAGAGAUUACUUCAGCAUCUUUGGACCAUUUGGAUACAGAUAAAGUGAGCUUAGGGGUUCAUACACCUGAAGUUUUCACUUUGAUUCCACCAAUUCAAGUACAUACAACAAGUGAACUCGAUACAACAAAUACACAAAGAGAGUCAUUGAUUGAGACUGCUGAAAUGCAUACAGAAAAACCUUCAGAAUCCAUUAUGGACAGUACAAAGAAAGCAGAUAUGACAACAGCAAAGGUUGAGCUUUCAACAUUACAUUUUUCUUCAGUUGCACCACAUUCAAUGGCUGAAGCUUCAGGAGUUGAGACGUCUGAUAUGCUUAGAAGCACAACAUUAAGUAAUGCAUUGUACACCACAACCAAAUCAGAUCAUAAAUCCAUGGAAACCACCGAAAAAAUUCCACUGUCCAGUUCAACAAAAGAUGAACUCUCAAAUGUUGAGACAACCGAGGGACAUAUUACGGAAUCAGUUUCUUCUCUCGACUUUACUGAAAUAUUCAUAUCAAGCACUGUGAAACCGACAGAACAAACAAUUAUAGGUCAAGUCAGUACAUCACAAUCAGCAACAAUCUCAGCUACUGUGAUAGAGGAUGAUCUGUCAUCAAAACCACCUGAAUCCACAAUUACCGAUGUUUUAGAAACAUUAUCCAAUGAAGCAUUAUCUAAAAUUUCUCUCACAAACACAAUGACCUCAGAGAAGACAACAGCCAAAGAUGUGCCAUCACCGUCAAGUUUGUUUUCUAGGUUGCCAUCAACAGAAUCUGAAAGUUCAGAAAGUGGAUUCCCUAGCAAACAGUUCACAUCAACUGGUUUUUCAUUAAUCUCAACAACUCAUUCAGACCAAGUAUUUAUCAAAACUUCAUCUGAAAGAGAAAAAUCAACACCAGUUUCAGGCUCAACACAUGCUAAAGCUACAAGUGAUCAAACAAGUGAAGCACAUAGUAGAGAACCUGUUUCUUUAUAUGGCACAGUACACACAUUUGCAUCGAGUACUUGGGGCUCAACUGGACAAACAGUCAAAAGUCAAGACAUUACAUCAUAUGCAGCAACAUCUCCAGUGACUGUGACGGAGGACAGAUUCCUGUCUGCAAAACCAUCUGAAUCAACCAAAACUGAUCUACCAGAGUCUCUAUUCUCUACUCCUUGGACUGAUAAUUUAGACAAAACUUUAUCUAAAAUCACUGUCACUAUGACCUCAGAGAACAUAGUUGGCCAAGAUACCGUGUCAGCCAGUUUUUCUUCAAGCUUUCCAUCAACAGAGUCAGCAAGUUCAAAACAUGGGACCUCUGACAUGUAUAGCAAAGAGUUUAAAACAACUAGUUCUUCAUUGUUCUCCACAAUCAAAUCAGAUAAAGAACCUAUCAAAACAACAUCUGAGAGAGAGGAAACCGACCAAACACAUGCUGAAGCUACAAGAGGUCAAACAAGUGAACCACAAAGCAGAGAACCUGUAUCUACUCUUGAUUCUACUUUAUCCAAUACAGUUCAUACAUUUACAUUUAGUACUGAGAGCUCAACAGGACAAUCAGUCCCAAGUCAAUAUAUGACAUCAAAUACACCAACAACCACAAUGACUGUGAUGGACAGAUAUCUGUCAACAAAACCAUCUGAAUCUACUGUAACUUAUGUAUCAGAGACACUGUCCUCCUCUGCUCAGACAAGAUAUUUAGACAAGCCAUUAUCUGAAAGCACUGACACAGAAACCUCAGAAAAGACAACCUCUACGGAUGUGCUUUCACCAUCAAGUUUGCCAUCAACAGGGUCUGAAGCACUCUCAAUAUCUAGCUCAACUGAGACCAAAAGAGAUCAGAGAACUGAGACAUACAGCACUGAACCUAUUUCCUCUGUUGACUUGACUGAAUCUAACACAGGGUAUGCAUUAACAUCACUGAAAACUGGGGACUCAACAGGACAAACAGUCACAAGUGAAGAUAUUACAUCACAUACAGCAACACCCACAGCAACUGUGAUGGAGGAUAAAGAGCUGUCAGCACACACAUCACAUUCCGCAAUCAUUGAUGACUCGGGCACUUGGUUUUCUUCAACAAAAGCAGGAGAUUUAGAUGAAACAACACAUGGAAGCACAUUAACAUUAAAGCCAACUGCCAGAGAUAUUCUUACACAGUCAAGUUUUCCAUCAACAGUGUCCAAGGUUUCUGGAGAUGAAACCUCUGAGAUAUUUAGCAAAGAUUAUACAAGUUACACACUUCAAACAGCAACCAUAUUAGAUCAGGAACGCAGCAAACCACAGUCUAACACAACAGAAACCACCGAACUUUCAAGCUUAACACAUGCUGAAGAUGAUCAGGCAACUGAGACACAAAGUAAAGAUACUGCUUAUACGCUUGACUCUGCAACUAGUACAGUUCAUACAUUUAGAUCAUCAGGCACCGAGUACUCAACAGGACAAGCAGUAACAAGGCAAAGUAUUACAUCACAUGCAGCUACAACUACAGAAACUGUGAUAGAGGACAAAGAGCUGUCUGUAAAACCAUCUGAAACAACUGUUGUUGAUGUUUCAGGAACUCUUUUCUCUUCUCAGACUGAUCAUUUAGACAAAACAUCUGAAAGCCCUGUUACGAUACAGUUAGAGAGUACAACUGCAAAAGAUAUACUUUCACCAUCAAGUUUUCUUUCAAGCUUGCCAUCAACACAGACUGAACACUCAGUAGAUGAGACCUCUGAUGUGUUCAUGACAACAACAAUCUCAAUGUCUAGCUCAUCUGAUAUCACAAAAGAUCAGACAACAUAUAGUACAGAACCUGCCUUUUCUCUUCUGAAUUUAUCUACCGAAUUUAGCGAAGUGUAUACAUUAACACCAUUGAAUACUGGGUACUCAACAGACAAAAGUGAAGAUGUUACAUCACACAUAGCAAGUAACACAGCGACAGUGAUGGAGGACAAACACCUGUCAGCUAUAUCAUCUGAGCCCACAGUCUUUGAUGAAACUUUCUUAUCUUCUGCACAGACUGGACAUAUAGAUAAUAAAUCUGAUGCUGUUUCAUCAACCAGUUUGUCUUCAAUACUGCCAUCAAAAGAGAUCGAAACCUCAGGGGAUCUGACAUCUGAAAUGUUUAGCAAAGUGUUCACAACAAGUUCUUCUCUACAUACGACUGCUGCAUCUGUAAUGGAUGAUCAGACCACUGAGAUACACAGUAGAGAACCUGCUUUCACUCCUGACUCCACUUCAUUCAGUACAAUGCUUAUAUUUACACCAUCAAACACGGAGUACUCAACAGGACGAACAGUCACAAGUCAGUAUAUUACAUCACUUACAGAAACUGCAAUUAAGGAUACAAGUCUGUCAUCAAAACCAUCAGAUUCUCAAGGUUUACAUACAUUAUCUCCAUUGGGAACUUCAGAAUUCACAGGCAGCAUAGUCACACUUGAAGAUAAUACUUCGGACACAGAAAAAGGCACAAAUGUGAUAGAGCAAAGAGGGACAUUUGGAAUGCCGACUGUGUCAACUAUCAUUGAUAUGUCAGAGAGUUUGUCUUCGUCAGCAAAUACUGAAUAUUUAUUUGAAAAGUCAUCUGAAGGCACAAUAUCUUCACACGACACAACCUCUAAAGAUAUUGGUUUAUUGUCAAGAUUGCCAUCAAUAGAUUCUGAAGGUUCAGGAGAGCAGAUAUCUGAAACACCAACAACCACAGGGAGUUUAUUGCAAGAAAAAGGGCUGUCAACAAAAUCAUCUGAAUCCACAGUUACUGAUUUUUCAGAGAAAAUUUUCUCCUCUGCUCAAACUGGACAUUUAGAUAAGAUAUUAUCUGAAAGCACUGUCACUACCACAAUGACGCUAAAAAAGACAACUGCACAAAAUGAGCCUUCACCAUCAAGUUUUUUUUCAACAAUUCGAGUAGAUCAAGAACAUACAAAAACCUCAUCGGACAUGGGAGAAACACAAGAUAAGACAACAAGAUAUCAGACAACUUGGACACACGGUAGAGAACCUGUUUCCACUGCUGAAACUAGUACAGAGCAUGCAAUUACAGCAUCAAUAACUGAGUACACAACAGGACACACAGUCCCAAAGCAAGGAAUUACAUCAUAUACAGCAACCACAGCGGCAACUGGGAUAGAGGACAAAGAGCUUUCAGCUCAUUCAUCUAAAUCAACCAUUAGUGAAGCUUCAGAGACUUUCUUCUCCUCAGCUCAGACAGACCAUUUAGAACAAACAUCUAAAAGCACUGUCACAAUUGCUUCAGAAAACACAACUGCUAAAGAUGUAAUAUCACUAAUCUUAUCACAGACAGUUAAAAGUCAGGAUACUGCAUCAACAGUCAUAAUUCAAGGUAGUACACCUUUCACAGCAACAACCGCAGCAACUGUUAUGAAGUAUGAAGAAGUGUCAACAAAACCUUCUGAAUCCACAAUCAUUGAUGUUUCAGAGACUCAGUUCUCGUCUGCUCAAACUGGGCAUUUAGAUGAAAUUUCAUCUGAAAGCACUGUCACAAGCAAAAUGACCUCAGACAAGACAACUCCCAAAGAUGUUCUUUCAUCAAGUCUUUCUUCAAGCUUUCCAUCAACUGAGUCUAAAGCAUCAGGAGAUGGGACCUCUGAAAUGUUUAUCAAACAGUUCACAACAAGUUCUCCACUUCAUACUACAACUAUAUCAGAUCGAGAACUUACAAAAACACCAACUGACAGAGAAGAAACUAUUUCUGUUUCAAUCUCAACACAUGCUGAAACUGUGAGAGAUCAGACAAUUGUGGCACAGAGUAGACAACCUGAUCCUAUGCUUGAUUCUACUGAAACAAGUACUUUGCAUACAUUUACAUUAUCAACCACUGAAAAUUCAACAGAACACUCAACUACAAGUCAAGAUAUACCAUCAGCAAAGCCAUCUGUAUUAACCAGUACUGAUGUUUCAGAGACUUCCUUCUCUUCUUUUCAGACCGAUCAUUUAGACAAAACAUCUGAAAUCAAUGUUACAGUGACCUCUGACAAGACAAUUGCCAAAGAUUUUGUGUCACCAACCUCCUUACUGCACACCGCAAGCAGAUCAGAUGAAGAUCAUACCAAACCUACAGAAACAAUAACAGUAUCCAGCUCAACAGAUGCUGCUGUCACAAGCACAAAAUCAUCAGAGAAGACAACAGCCAGGGAUUUGUUUUCAACUUCAAGACUAGCAUUAAUUUUGUCAUCUUCAGAGUCUGAGAGUUCAGGAGAUGGAACAGUAGAUGUCACAAGCUCAGAGUUCACAACUAGCAGGUCUUCACUGUACACUACUCCAAAGCCAUACACAGACCUUAGAAAAACAACAUUUCAUACAACAGAAGCAGUAUCAGUGUCCAGCUCAACACAUGUUGAAGAUCAGAAAACUGAGACAGACAGCACUGGACCUGCUUUAUCUUUUAUGUCUACUGCAUCUAUUACAAAACAUUCAUUUACAUCAUUGAGCACUGGGGAAUCAACAGGACAGACCAUUACAAGCCAAGAUACUGCAUUAACAGAAAGAACAGUCACAAAUCAAAGUAGUACACCUUUCACAGGAACAACUGCAGCAACUGUUAUGAAGGAUGAAGAAGUGUCAACAAAACCUUCUGAAUCCACAAUCAUUGAUGACUUAGAGACGCAGUUCUCCUCUACUCAAACUGGAGAUUUAGAUAAUAUUUCAUCUGAAAGCACUGUUACAAGCAAAAUGACCCCAGACAAGACAACUCCCAAAGAUGGUCUUUCAUGUAGUCUUUCUUCAAGCUUUCCAUCAACUGUGUCUGAAGAUUCAGUAGAUGAGACCUCAGAGAAGACAAUUGCCAAAGAUUUAUUGUCGCCAAUCUCUUUACUGCACACCACAAGCAGAUCAGACAAAGAUCUUACCACACCUACAGAAACAAUCUCAGUGUCCAGCUCAACAGAUGCUGCUGUCACAAGCACAAAAUCAUCAGAGAAGACAACAGCCAGAGAUUUUUUUGCAACUUCAACAAUAGCAUCAAUUUUGUCAUCUUCAGAGUCUGAGAGUUCAGGAGAUGGAACAGUGGAUGUCACAAGCUCAGAGUUCACAACUAGCAGGUCUUCACUAUACACUACUCCAAAACCAGACAAAGAUCUCAGCAAAACAACAUUUCUUACAACAGAAGCAGUAUCAGUGUCCAGCUCAACACAUGUUAAAGAUCAGAAAACUGAGACAGAAAGCACUGGACCUGCUUCAUCUCUUUUAUCUACUGCAUCUAUGACAAAACAUACAUUUACAUCAUUGAGCACUGGGGAAUCAACAGGACAGACCGUUGCAAGCCAAGAUACUGCAUCAACAGUAAGAACAGUCACAAUUCAAAGUAAUACACCUGUCACAGCAACAAGUGUGAUGCAGGAUACAAAAGUGAAAACAAAACCUUCUGAAUCUACAAUCAUUGAUGUUUCAGAAAUGGAGUUCUCCACUGCUCAAACUAAAAAUUUAGAUGAAAUUUCAUCUGACAUCACCGUCACAAGCACAAUGACUUCAGACAAGACAACCCCAAAAGAUGUUCUUACAUCGAGUCUUUCUUCAAGCUUUCUAUCAACUAAGUCUGAAGCUUCAGGAGAUGACACCACUGAAAAGUUUAUCAAAGAGUUCACAACAAGUUCUCCACAUUUUACUACAACUUUAUCAGAUCAAGAACUUACAAGAACACCAUCUGACACAGAAACAACGAUUCUAGUUUCAAGCUCAGCACAUACUGAAACUGUAAGCAAUCAGACAAUUGAGGCACAGAGUAGAGAACCUGUUUCUAUGCUUGAUUCUACUGAAACAAGGACAAUGCAUACAUUUACAUCAUUAAACAUUGAGUACUCAACAGCACAGACAGUUGCAAGCCAAGAUACUGCAUCAAUGGUAAGGACAGUCACAAAUCAAGGUAGUACACCUUUCACAACAAUAACUGCAGCAAAUGUGAUAAAGGAUGAAGAGGUGUCAACAAAGCCUUCUAAAUUCACAAUCACUGAUGUUUCAGAGACACAGUUCCCCUCUACUCAAACUGGGCAUUUAUAUGAAAAAAUAUCUGAAAGCACUUUCACAAGCGCAAUGACCUCAGACAAGACAACUCCUAAAGAUGUUCUUUCAUCUUUAAGUCUUUCUUCAAGCUUUCCAUCAACUGAGUCUAAAGCUUCAGUAGAUGAAACCUUAGAGAAGACAACUGCCAAAGAUUUACUGUCACCAACCUCUUUACUGCACACCACAAGCAGAUCAGACAAAGAUUUUACCAAACCUACAGAAACAAUCUCAGUGUCCAGCUCAACAGAUGCUGCUGUCACAAGCACACAAUCAUCAGAGAAGACAACAGCCAGAGAUUUUUUUUCAACUUCAACAAUAGCAUCAAUUUUGUCUUUUUCAGAGUCUGAGAGUUCAGGAGAUGGAACAGUAGAUGUCACAGUCUCAGAGUUCACAACAAGCAGGCCUUCACUGUACACUACUCCAAAACCUGACAAAGACCUCACCAAAACAACAUUUCAUACAACAGAAGCAGUAUCAGUGUCCAGCUCAACACAUGUUGAAGAUCAGAAAACUGAGACAGACAGCACUGGACCUGCUUCAUCUUUUAUGUCUACUGCAUAUAUUACAAAACAUUCAUUUACGUCAUUGAGCACUGGGGAAUCAACAGGACAGACCGUUACAAGCCAAGAUACUGCAUCAACAGUAAGAACAGUCACAAAUCAAGGUAGUACACCUUUCACAGCAACAACUGCAGCAACUGUUAUAAGGGAUGAAGAAGUGUCAACAAAACCUUCUGAAUCCACAAUCAUUGAUGACUCAGAGACACAGUUCUCUACUCAAACUGGACAUUUGGAUGAAAUUUCAUCUGAAAGCACUGUUACAAGCACAAUGCCCUCUGACAAGACAACUCCUAAAAAUGUUCUUUCAUCGAGUCUUUCUUCAAGCUUUUCAUCAACUGAGUCUGAAGCUUCUGUAGAUGAGACCUCAGAGAAGACAACUGCCAAAGAUUUAGUGUCACCAAUCUCUUUACUGCACACCACAAGCAGAUCAGACAAAGAUCUUACCAAACUAACAGAAACAAUAACAGUAUCCAGCUCAACAGAUGCUGCUGUCACAAGCACAAAAUCAUCAGAGAAGACAACAGCCAGAGAUUUUUUUGCAACUUCAAGAAUAGCAUCAAUUUUGUCAUCUUCAGAGUCUGAGAGUUCAGGAGAUGGAACAGGAAAUGUCACAAGCUCAGAGUUCCCAACUAGCUGGCCUUCACUGUACACUACUCAAAAACCAGACAAAGACCUCAGCAAAACAACAUUUCAUACAACAGAAACAGUAUCAGUGACCAGCUCAACACAUGUUGAAGAUGAGAAAACUGAGACAGAUAGCAUUAAACCUGCUUCAUCUCUUAUGUCUACUGCAUCUAUUACAAAAGUUACAUUUACAUCAUUGAGCACUGGGGAAUCAACAGGGCAGACUGUUACAAGCAAAGAUACUGCAUCAACAAUAAGAACAUUCACAAAUCAAGGUAGUACACCUUUCACAGCAACAACUGCAGCAACUGUCAUGAAGGAUGAAGAAGUGUCAACAAAACCUUCUGAAUCCACAAUCAUUGAUGACUUAGAGACACAGUUCUCAACUACUCAAACUGGAGAUUUAGAUAAUAUUUCAUCUGAAAGCACUAUUACAAGCACAAUGACCUCAGACAAGACAACUCCCAAAGAUGUUCUUACAUUGAGUUUUUCUUCAAGCUUUCCAUCAACUGAGUCUGAAACUUCAGGAGAUGAGACCUCAGAGAAGACAACUGCCAAAGAUUUAGUGUCGCCAAUCUCUUUACUGUACACUACAAGCAGAUCAGACAAAGAUCUUACCAAACUUACAGAAACAAUCUCAGUGUCCAGCUCAACAGAUGCUGCUGUCACUAGCACAAAAUCAUCAGAGAAGACAACAGCCAGAGAUUUUUUUGCAACUUCAACAAUAGCAUCAAUUUUGUCAUCUUCAGAGUCUGAGAUUUCAGGAGAUGGAACAGAGGAUGUCACAAGCUCGGAGUUCACAACUAGCAGGCCUUCACUGUACUCUACUCCAAAACCAGACAAAGACCUCAGCAAAACAACAUUUCAUACAACAGAAGCAGUAUCAGUGUCCAGCUCAACACAUGUUGAAGAUCAGAAAACUGAGACAGAUAGCAUUAAACCUGCUUUAUCUUUUAUGUCUACUGCAUCUAUUACAAAACAUACAUUUACAUUGAGCACUGGGGAAUCAACAGGACAGACUGUUACAAGCCAAGAUACUGCAUCAACAGUAGAAACAGUCACCAUUCAAAGUAGUACACCUUUUACAGCAACAACCGCAACAAGUGUGAUGCAGGAUACAAAAGUGACAACAAAACCUUUUGAAUCUACAAUCAUAGAUGUUUCAGAGAUGCAGUUCUCCACUGCUCAAACUAAACGUUUAGAUGAAAUUUCAUCUGAAAUCACCAUCACAAGCAAAAUGACCUCAGACAAGACAACCCCAAAAGAUGUUCUUUCAUCAUCGAGUCUUUCUUCAAGAUUUCUAUACACUGAGUCUGAAGCUUCAGGAAAUGAGUCAUCUGAAAUGUUUAUCAAAGAGUUCACAACAAGUUUUCCACUCCAUACUAUAACUAUAUCAGAUCAAGAACUUACAAGAACACCAUCUGACACAGAAACAAUGAUUCCAGUUUCAAGGUCAGCACAUACUGAAACUGUAAGCAAUCAGACAAUUGAGGCACAGAGUAGAGAACCUGUUUCUAUGCUUGAUUCUAUUGAAACAAGGACAAUGCAUACAUUUACAUCAUCAAACACUGAGUACUCAACAGCACAGACACUUGCAAGCCAAGAUACUGCAUCAACAGUAGAAAAAGUCACUAAUCAAGGUAGUACAACUUUCACAACAACCACAGCAAAUGUGAUGAAGGAUAAAGAAGUGUCAACAAAACCUUCUGAAUUCACAAUCAUUGAUGUUUCAGAGACUCAGUUCUUGUCUGCUCAAACUGGGCAUUUAGAUGAAAUUUCAUCUGAAAGUACUGUCACAAGCAAAAUGACCCCUGACAAGACAACUCCCAAAGAUGUUCUUUCAUCAAGUCUUUCUUCAAGCUUUCCAUCAACUGAGUCUAAAGCUUCAGGAGAUGGGACCUCUGAAAUGUUUAUCAAACAGUUCACAACAAGUUCUCCACUUCAUACGACAACUAUAUCAGACCGAGAACUUACAAAAACACCAACUGACAGAGAAGAAACUAUUUCUGUUUCAAUCUCAACACAUGCUGAAACUGUGAGAGAUCAGACAAUUGUGGCACAGAGUAGACAACCUGAUCCUAUGCUUGAUUCUACUGAAACAAGUACUUUGCAUACAUUUACAUUAUCAACCACUGAAAAUUCAACAGAACACUCAACUACAAGUCAAGAUAUACCAUCAGCAAAGCCAUCUGUAUUAACCAGUACUGAUGUUUCAGAGACUUCCUUCUCUUCUUUUCAGACCGAUCAUUUAGACAAAACAUCUGAAAUCACUGUUACAGUGACCUCUGACAAGACAAUUGCCAAAGAUUUUGUGUCACCAACCUCCUUACUGCACACCGCAAGCAGAUCAGAUGAAGAUCUUACCAAACCUACAGAAACAAUAACAGUAUCCAGCUCAACAGAUGCUGCUGUCACAAGCACAAAAUCAUCAGAGAAGACAACAGCCAGGGAUUUGUUUUCAACUUCAAGACUAGCAUUAAUUUUGUCAUCUUCAGAGUCUGAGAGUUCAGGAGAUGGAACAGUAGAUGUCACAAGCUCAGAGUUCACAACUAGCAGGUCUUCACUAUACACUACUCCAAAGCCAUACACAGACCUUAGAAAAACAACAUUUCAUACAACAGAAGCAGUAUCAGUGUCCAGCUCAACACAUGUUGAAGAUCAGAAAACUGAGACAGACAGCACUGGACCUGCUUUAUCUUUUAUGUCUACUGCAUCUAUUACAAAACAUUCAUUUACAUCAUUGAGCACUGGGGAAUCAACAGGACAGACCGUUACAAGCCAAGAUACUCCAUUAACAGAAAGAACAGUCACAAAUCAAAAUAGUACACCUUUCACAGAAACAACUGCAGCAACUGUUAUGAAGGAUGAAGAAGUGUCAACAAAACCUUCUGAAUCCACAAUCAUUGAUGACUUAGAGACACAGUUCUCCUCUACUCAAACUGGAGAUUUAGAUAAUAUUUCAUCUAAAAGCACUGUUACAAGCAAAAUGACCUCAGACAAGACAACUCCCAAAGAUGUUCUUUCAUGGAGUCUUUCUUCAAUUUUUUCAUCAACUGUUUCUGAAGAUUCAGUAGAUGAGACCUCAAAGAAGACAAUUGCCAAAGAUUUGGUGUCGCCAAUCUCUUUACUGUACACCACAAGCAGAUCAGACAAAGAUCUUACCACACCUACAGAAACAAUCUCAGUGUCCAGCUCAACAGAUGCUGCUGUCACAAGCACAAAAUCAUCAGAGAAGACAACAGCCAGAGAUUUUUUUUCAACUUCAACAAUAGCAUCAAUUUUGUCAUCUUCAGAGUCUGAGAGUUCAGGAGAUGGAACAGUGGAUGUCACAAGCUCAGAGUUCACAACUAGCAGGUCUUCACUGUACUCUACUCCAAAACCAGACAAAGAUCUCAGCAAAACAACAUUUCAUACAACAGAAGCAGUAUCAGUGUCCAGCUCAACACAUGUUGAAGAUCAGAAAACUGAGACAGACAGCACUGGACCUGCUUCAUCUCUUUUAUCUACUGCAUCUAUGACAAAACAUACAUUUACGUCAUUGAGCACUGGGGAAUCAACAGGACAGACCGUUGCAAGCCAAGAUACAGCAUCAACAGUAAGAACAGUCACAAUUCAAAGUAGUACACCUUUCACAGCAACAAAUGUAAUGCAGGAUACAAAAGUGACAACAAAACCUUCUGAAUCUACAAUCAUUGAUGUUUCAGAGAUGCAGUUCUCCACUGCUCAAACUAAACGUUUAGAUGAAAUUUCAUCUGAAAUCACCAUCACAAGCAAAAUGACCUUAGACAAGACAACCCCAAAAGAUGUUCUUUCAUCAUCGAGUCUUUCUUCAAGCUUUCUAUCAACUGAGUCUGAAGCUUCAGGAGAUGAGACAUCUGAAAUGUUUAUCAAAGAGUUCACAACAAGUUUUCCACUUUAUACUACAACUAUAUCAGAUCAAGAACUUACAAGAACACCAUCUGACACAGAAACAACGAUUCCAGUUUCAAGGUCAGCACAUACUGAAACUGUAAGCAAUCAGACAGUUGAGGCACAGAGUAGAGAACCUGUUUCUAAGCUUGAUUUAACUAAAACAAGGACAAUGCAUACAUUUACAUCAUUAAACACUGAAUACUCAACAGCACAGACUGUUGCAAGCCAAGAUACUGCAUCAACAGUAAGAAAAGUCAAUAAUCAAGGUAGUACACCUUUCACAACAAUAACCGCAGCAAAUGUGAUUAAGGAUGAAGAAGUGUCAACAAAACCUUCUGAAUCCACAAUCAUUGAUGUUUCAGAGACACAGUUCUCCUCUACUCAAACUGGAGAUUUAGAUACAAUUUUAUCUGAAAGCACUGUCACAAGCAAAAUGACCUCAGACAAGACAACUCCCAAAGAUUUUCCUUCAUUGAGUCUUUCUUCAAGCUUUCCAUCAACUGUGUCUGAAGAUUCAGUAGAUAAGACCUCAGAGAAGACAAUUGCCAAAGAUUUGGUGUCGCCAGUUUCUUUACUGCACACCACAAGCAGAUCAGACAAAGAUCUUAACACACCUACAGAUACAACCUCAGUGUCCAGCUCAACAGAUGCUGCUGUCACAAGCACAAAAUCAUCAAUGAAGACAACAGCCAGAGAUUUUUUUGCAACUUCAAGAAUAGCAUCAAUUUUGUUAUCUUCAGAGUCUGAGAGUUCAGGAGAUGGAACAGUAGAUGUCACAAUCCCAGAGUUCACAACUAGCAGGCUUUCACUGUACACUACUCCAAAACCAGACAAAGACCUCAGCAAAACAACAUUUCAUACAACAGAAGCAGUAUCAGUGUCCAGCUCAACACAUGUUGAAGAUGAGAAAACUGAGACAGAUAGCAUUAAACCUGCUUCAUCUCUUAUGUCUACUGCAUCUAUUACAAAACCAACAUUUACGUCAUUGAGCACUGGGGAAUCAACAGGACAGACCGUUACAAGCCAAGCUACUGCAUCAACAGUAAGAACAGUCACAAAUCAAAGUAGUACACCUUUCACAGCAACAACUGCAGCAACUGUUAUGCAGUAUGAAGAAGUGUCAACAAAACCUUCUGAAUCCACAGUCAUUGAUGACUUAGAGAGACAGUUCUCCACUACUCAAACUGGACAUUUAGAUGAAAUUUCAUCUGAAAGCACUGUUACUACCACAAUGACCUCAGACAAGACAACUACCAAAAAUGUUCUUUCAUCGAGUCUUUCUUCAAGCUUUCCAUCAACUGAGUCUGAAGCUUUAGGAGAUGAGACCUCAGAGAAGACAACUGUCAAAGAUUUAUUGUCACCAACCUCUUUAAUGCACACCACAAGCAGAUCAGACAAAGAACUCACCAAACCUACCGAAACAAUCUCAGUGUCCAGCUCAACAGAUGCUGCUGUCACUAGCACAAAAUCAUCAGAGAAGACAACAGCCAGAGAUUUUUUUUCAACUUCAACAAUAGCAUCAAUUUUGUCAUCUUCAGAGUCUGAGAGUACAGGAGAUGGAACAGUGGAUGUCACAAGCUCAGAGUUCACAACUAGCAGGCCUUCACUGUACUCUACUCAAAAACCAGACAAAGACCUCAGCAAAACAACAUUUAAUACAACACAAGCAGUAUCAGUGACCAGCUCAACACAUGUUGAAGAUCAGAAAACUGAGACAGAUAGCAUUAAACCUGCUUUAUCUUUUAUGUCUACUGCAUCUAUUACAAAACAUACAUUUACACUAAGCACUGGGGAAUCAACAGGGCAGACUGUUUCAAGCCAAGAUACUGCAUCAACAGUAGAAACAGUCACAAUUCAAAGUAGUACACCUUUCACAUCAACAACCGCAACAAGUGGGAUGCAGGAUACAAAAGUGACAACAAAACCUUCUGAAUCUACAAUCACUUAUGUUUCAGGGAUGCAGUUCUCCACAGCUCAAACUAAACAUUUAGAUGAAAUUUCAUCUGAAAUCACCAUCACAAGCACAAUGACCUCAGACAAGACAACCCCAAAAGAUGUUCUUUCAUCAUCGAGUCUUUCUUCAAGCUUUCCAUCAAGUGAGUCUGAAGCUUCAGGAGAUUAUACCUCUGAAAUGUUUAUCAAAGGGUUCACAACAAGUUCUCCACUUUUUACUACAACUAUAUCAGAUCAAGAACUUACAAGAACACCAUCUGACACAGACACAACGAUUCCAGUUUCAAGCUCAGCACAUACUGAAACUGUAAGCAAUCAGACAAUUGAGGCACAGAGUAGAGAACCUGUUUCUAUACUCGAUUCUACUGUAACAAGGACAAUGCAUACAUUUACAUCAUCAAACACUGAGUACUCAACAGCACAGACAGUUGCAAGCCAGGAUACUGCAUCAACAGUAAGAAAAGUCACAAAUCAAGGUAGUACACCUUUCACAACAACCGCAGCAAAUUUGAUGCAAAAUGAAGAAGUGUCAACAAAACCCUCUGAAUCCACAAUCAAUAAUGUUUCAGAGAUGCAGUUCUCCACUGCUCAAACUGGACAUUUAAGUGAAAUUUCAUCUGAAAGCACUGUCAUAAGCACUAUGACCUCAGACAAGACAACUCCCAAAGAUGUUCUUUCAUUGAGUCUUUCUUCAAGCUUUUCAUCAACUGAGUCUGAAGCUUCUGUAGAUGAGACCUCAGAGAAGACAAUUGCAAAAGAUUUAGUGUCACCAACUUCUUUACUACACACCACAAGCAUAUCAGACAAAGAUUUUACCACACCUAAAGAAACAACCUCAAUGUCCAGCUCAACAGAUGUUGCUGUCACAAGCAUAAAACCAUCAGAGAAGACAACAGGCAGAGAUAUUUUUUCAACUUCAAGAAUAGCAUCAAUUUUGCCAUCUUUGGAGUCUGAGAGUUCAGGAGAUGGAACAGUGGAUGUCACAAUCUCAGAGUUCACAACUAGCAGGUCUUCACUGUAUACUACUCCAAAACCAGACAAAGACCUCAGCAAAACAACAUUACAUACAACAGAAGCAGUAUCAGUGACCAGCUCAACACAUGUUGAAGAUGAGAAAACUGAGACAGAUAGCAUUGAACCUGCUUCAUCACUUAUGUCUACUGCAUAUGUCACAAAACAUACAUUUACGUCAUUGAGCACUGGGGAAUCAACAGGACAGACAGUUGCAAGCCAGGAUACUGCAUCAACAGUAAGAACAGCCACAAAUCGAGGUAGUACACCUUUCACAGGAACAACUUCGCCAACUGUGAUGCAGGAUGAAAAAAUGUCAACAAAACCUUCUGAAUCCACAAUCCCUUAUGUUUCAGAGAUGCAGUUCCCCUCUGCUCAAACUGGACAUUUAAAUGAAAUUUCAUCUGAAAGUACUGUCACAAGCACAGUGCCCUCAGACAAGACAGCUCCCAAAGAUGUUCUUUCACCAUCAAGUCUUUAUUCAAGCUUUCCAUCAACUGAGUCUGAAGCUUCAGGAGAUAAUACCUCUGAAAUAUUUAUCAAAGAGUUCACAACAAGUUCUCCACUUUAUACUGCUACUAUAUCAGAUCAAGAACUUACAAGAACACCAUCUGACAAAGAAGAAAGGAUUUCAUUUUCAAGCUCAACACAUGGUGAAACUGAAACCGAACAGACAAUUGAGGCACAGAGUAGAGAACCUGUUUCCAUGCUUGAUUUUACUGAAACAAGUACCGUGCAUACAUUUACAUCAUCAAACACUGAGUAUUUAACAGAAUACACAAUGUCAAGUCAGGAUAUAAAAUCACAUACAACUACAACUACAGCCAUUUUGUUGAAGGACAAAGAGCUGUCAGCAAACCCAUCUGUAUUAAUCAGUACUGAUGUUUCAGAGACAAUGUCCAGCUCAACAGAUCCUGAUGUCACAAGCACAACAUCACCAGAGAAGACAACAGUCAGAGAUUUUUCUUCAACUUCAAGAAUAGCAUUUAUGAUUUUGUCAUCUUCAGAGUCUAAGAGUUCAGGAGAUGAAACAGUAGAUGUCACAAGCUCAGAGUUUAAAACCACAAGUUUAAAACCACCACAUCCUUCAUCUCACACUACUUCAAAACCAGAGCAAGACCUUAGCAAAGCAACAUUUACUACAACAGAAGCAGUAUCAGUGACCAUCUCAACACAUGCUAAAAAUCAGAGUACGGAGACAGAGAGCAUUAAAGCUGCUUCCUCUAUUGUUUCCACCGCAUUCAGCACAUUAAAUACAUUUACAUCAUUGACAGCUGGUGAAUCAACAGAACAGACAGUUUCAAGUCAAGAUAAUAAAUCAGCAGCACAGACAGGUUCAAUUCAAGAUAGUACACCUUUCACCGCAACAACCCCAGCAAUUGCGAUGUUAAAUGAAGAAGUGUCAACAAAAACUUCUGAAUUCACUGUCAUUGAUGUUUCAGAGACUUUGUUCUCCUCUGCUCAAACUAGAAAUUUAGAUGAGAUAUCAUCCAAGAGCACUGUCACAAGCAAAAUGACAUCAGAGAAGAUGACUUCUAAUAUACUCUCUUCAUCAAGUUUUUCUUCAAGCUUUCCACCAACUAAGACUGAAGUAUCAGAAGAUGACACAUCUGACAUCUUUAGCAAAGAGCUCAUAACAAGUUCUUAUUUUCAAACUACAUACCAACCAGACCAAGAACUUACAAAAACCUCAUCUGACGGAGAAGAAACAAUAUCAGUUUCAAGCUCAGCACAUGCUGACACUACAAGAGAUCAGAAAAUUAAUGCACAUAGUAGAGAACCUGUUUCUGUGCUCGACUCUUUUGAAAGUAGUACAGUGCAUACAUUUACAUCAUCAAGCACUGAGUAUUCAACAGAACAUGCAGUCACAAGUCAAGGUAUUACAUCAAAUGUAGCUACAAUCAUAGCAACUGUGGUUGAGGAUAAGGAGCUGACAGCAAAAACAUCUGAAUCAAGCUUUAUUGAUGUUUCGGAUACUUUCCUUUCUUCUACCCAGAUCAAUCAUUUAGACAACACUACUCAGACUGAAAACAGUGGCAUAUUGACCUCAGAGAAGACAACUACCAAAGAUGCAGGAUCACCAAUCUCUUUACUGCUUACCACAAGCAGAUCAGACAAAGAACUCACCAAACCUACAGAAAUAAUCUCAGUGUCCAGCUCAACAGAUGCUGCUGGCACAAAAUCAUCAGAGAAGACAACAGCCAGAUAUUUUUUUUCAACUUCAACAUUAGCAUCAAUUUUGUCAUCUUCAGAGUCUGAGAUUUCAGGAGAUGGACCAGUAGAUGUCACAAGCUCAGAGUUAACAACUAGUAGGUCUUCACUAUACACCACUCCAAAACCAGAACAAGCCCUUAGCAAAGCAACAUUUCAAACACCAGAACCAAUUUCAGUGACCAGCUCAACACAUGCUGAAGAACAGAGAACUGAUAAUUCAGGAGAUAGCACCUCUGAGAACAUCUCACAUCACUCAACUAAGGCGCAUAGUAGUGAACCGGUUUCUACUCUUGGUUCUACUGUAACUAGCACAGUACAUACAUUUACAUCAUUGAUCACUGGCGAAUCAACAGCACAAACAGUCACAAGUCAAGAUAUCACAUCAGACACAGCAACAACCACAGCAACUGUGAUGCAAGACAAAGAGCUGUCAGUAAAACCAUCUGAGUCCACCAUCAAUUAUAAGUCAGAGACUGUGUUUACUUCUGAUCAGACUAAUGACAAAACAUCUCAAAGCACUGUCACAAUGAUCUCAGAGAAAACAACUCUGUCAUCAUCAUAUUUUUCUUCUAGAUUGCCAUCAACAGAAUCCGACUUUUCUGGGGAUUACAGCUCUGAAAUGCUAAGCAAAGAGUUUACAACAAGUCCUUUGCCAUACACUACAACAAAAUCCGGCCUAGAAUUCAGUAAAACCCCAAACACAAUCUUAGUUUCCAGUGAUGAAGAUAGAAUUACGCCAACAGCUAAAUCCCAUGAUCAGUAUAAUGUAGACACUGAUGAGACAGAAGUUCAAGAAAGUGACCACACAUUAGAACCAGUGAGGCCUGACAGUUUAUCCACAACUGAGUUGUUUUCAGGGAAAGUCCAAAAAGUAAUUACAGAAUCAUCUAUUGAACAAGGCAGUGGAGAACUAAGUGAAAGCUCUGGUGAAAUAUCCUCUUCUGCUGUAGAAUCAAUUCCUCCCCAAGUUACUCCGUCUGAGGUCAAGACAACUGCUGUUGGAUCUAAGUCAAUUGCUGAUUCUAGAGAGCAGUCAUCAGACAAUAUAACAACUACAAUAUAUGUUAGAACAACUGUAAAUGGAUAUGCAGAAUUAAGCUCAGUUACUUUUGAAGAGGUAGAAAGCUCUGAUCAUCAGACAACAGAAAUGUUUACCACAGCUCCCUUGGAGCUUUUGACUACAAGCCUCCCAGGGUCUGCUAUUGCCACUCACACUGCCUCAGUACCUUCUAGACCAUAUCAUACUAUUACUGAUGCACAGUCAGCAAGACACACCACAGAAUCAAUGAUUAGCCAUGCUGCAGUCAAAACAAGUAAGCCAAGCCACAUCACAUCUUCAACUGUCCAAACAACACCUGCUUCUUUAAGCCACAGCCAACCAUUAAUUGACAAUACUAGUUACAAAGUGACUUCAGCUACAGCCAGGACAAGACCAAUCACAUUAUCUUCUAGUGAAAACCAUAGCAAGCACACUACACUUUCAUCUGUAGAUGCAGAGGGUGACGCAGGAAAUGAAGAAAAGUCAGGCAUGUCCACUCCCAUGGGUGUUUCAGCAGCAGCCAUCAGAACUCAAACUAGGACAGUUCAUAUAACUAGCACAGAACCUGACAGCCGCAUCACUAUAACACAAAGUUCCAACACUAUCACCUCUGUACUUUCAGACAGUGAGGGUUCUGGUGUUGUAGAAGAUGACCGGGAAACUGCACAGUUAGACGGGUCUGGUGAGGAGGAAAGUGUGAGCACAACAGCUGAACUAUAUGAUAAUUAUACUGUGGCCACAGAUGAGGCAGAAAUUAGUGACAAUGUUUACACCUCAAAGCCAGUAAGUAUUGAGAGUUUCUCCCAUUCUGUGUCUUCCACAACUGAAUCAACGUUACUGUCUAGCACAGUACAAACAGUAAUCUCGGCUACUGAAGUUACAGCUGAAAGUGAAUUGGAAGAUGACAGCUCUGGUAGUGAAUUUUCACCAGAAGCUCUUGAAACAGUUCCUGGAGAUAUGUCAUCUAUUGGCAAAACACAGGGAACUGAAGAUGCAUUACUUGAUAAAGUAGUAUCAAGUACAUCUGAGACUUUAUCAGUUUCAGGCACACAAAAUAGUACCUUACAGACAAGAACUAUAAAUACAGACCUAAGUAGUCAAACCAAAGAAGAUGGCAAGGAAUUAACGUUACCAGACGAUUCUACAGGUUAUGUAUUCAGAACACCAACAACUAAGUCAUAUGAUGAUCUAACUGUAAGAACAGAUGAGGCAGAAGUGGAUGAAACUGAGAAGACAAGUUUCUCAAGUGCUGCAUCUGUCAUUGGCAGUACAGAUGUCGUACAUCAGUCAACUUCAUCCCCAUCCCCCUCAGUCCUGAUCUCCACGCAGCCAGCUGUAACAUUUACGAUUUCAAAUUUGGAGGAUGAUAGUGGGGACGACUCAACAGAGACAGAUGGAGCAGAAGAUGGAUCAGGUGAUGAUACAACUUAUGUGACAUCAUCACCUUUGCUCUCAAGCUCAGAGAUGACAGAAGCAUCCAUUAGCAUAACACCAGUUAGCUCAGUCAGCAGUGGAGAAGAUAUUACAGCCACAGUAGUUUUACACAGCACCAUAACACCUGAAAUGCAAACUGUGUCCUCGAGCACAGAUGCAGAAAGUUACUCUCUGUUCUCAGAGACCGAGCAGGAACCAACUGGUGGUUCUGUUUUAGACUCAACAGCCACUAGCUUUACUGUUCUUGUCACAUCUUCUGAUAUGGCAACCAGCCAUAUUGCAUCGCCUUCAGCAGUGACAUCUCAAGCUUCUGUGUCCACCCCUACUUCAUCUGUUUCCUUGAAGGACACUGUUGAUCAAGUCACUUCAACAAGCUCUGUCUUAAUAUUCACAGAGGAAGAGGAAGAUGAAGAUAAGCUGUUUUUGACUGCAACGGCGAGUAUGAGACAUACUCUCAAUCCAGAAGUUACCACUAAGGACGACAUGAUCAUUGAUGUAGAUACUAUGUCUGUUUUAGAGCAGUCUUCACCUUUUGCCCUUACAAUUGUUACAGAGGAAGCAGCUGGGGUAACCCCAGUUGUCAUUACAGCACAUCCCUCAAACCUAAUGACAGAGGAACCAGUGGGUUCUGGAAUGGAUAGUACUGAGUUACCUGAGUUCUAUGCAAAAUCCGAAACCAUAGCAGAUGAAUCAAUACACAGACAUCAACAGGCAACAUCAACCCCAGAUAUUCUUCAAAGCAGUCCAACAUAUGUAGAUAGAGAACCACAAGCAACACAAACUGAACAAUCUGAAAAUACAAAUAAUGAUUUACCUGAACAAUAUAGUCAUAUCUUCACAGAACCCACUCUUACAAUGGGGACACUGACUAAUAACUCUGCAUCCUCCGCAUCUACUGAAAGUUAUAUAAAAACAUCCACUUUAUCCUCCCAAUCAGUUCUAAUCAUUCAGGCUGGAUCAUCACAAGCAUCUAUAACUAAAAGUGAAACAAUGUCAUCAACAGCUGUAGAAGGACAGACAACACCUCUACCCUUACAUAGAAUGACUUCUGAGGCAGAAGCUUCAAGUCAGUUAACAAACCAAUAUGAACCAACUCAAACAACAACUAGUAUUCUAUCAGUGAACACAGAGGAAAUACUAGAAAUGACAAGUGCUAAUGAUAUUGAACAAAGUACUCCCUCUUCUGAUAUGGUAAGUCAGGAGAGCGAAUCAACAAACGCAGAUGUAUCGUCUGAUAUUUCUGAGAAAACCACAAGUGCAUUGUCAACAGAUGAUGACUCAGGUGACCAAAUAAUUGAUUCAUUUACAGAGUUGCCUGAAUUAACAGAAUCAUUUUUAACAGAUGAAUCAGUGACAUUUUCUAUGGAGACUGAUAUUGAGAUUCACUUUGCAACAACCCUCUCACCCCAAGCAAAUACAGUAACUGAUGGAGAACUACACCAGGAAGCUUUGUCUGAGAUGACAGUGACACAUAAGGACAACACAGAAUUCAGGACUGAUGAAGACCAACCAUUGUCAUUAACAACAAUGCCCACUCCCCUUACAUCUGAAUCAAAUUUUAAUACAACAAUAAACAUAGUAACAUUAGUGGGAUCUCUUUCCUCUACCUCCAUUCCUGGACAGAGUAAAAAAACAGGAACCACACUUCCCUCUGAGGAAUUAACUGAUGAUUCCAUAGAUUAUGACACAAAAACAGAACCUUACAAUGUUGAGUCCAUUCCAGAUUUUUACAGCUCAGAAAAUGUGACAAACACUAAUGAUGCAACCCAAACUGGAAAUGAGAAGAGCUUCACCACCUCACAGCCUGAUAUUGAGACUGGUUUUGAUACCACCUCACAAUAUGAAAUUGAGACUGGUUUUGAUACCACCUUACAGCCUAAUGUUGCAACUGGUUUUGAGACCAGCUCACAUUCUGAUACUGAUAAUACCUUUGAAGACAUCUCAGAAUCUACAGCUGACCCAGACAUUGAGGCUUCCCCAAAGCCCAGUGAGAAUAGUGCAAGCACUGAUGGAAAUAAAGUGAACCAGACAGACUUUGAGAGUGCAGCUCCCUUUGAUGUUAGCUCAGAAGCUGUGACAAGCUUCAAUGACAUAACCCAACCUGACAGUGUGAGAAUCUUCACCAUGUCAAAACCUGAGAUUGAGACUGGCUUUGAGGCCACCUCACAGCCUGAUAUUGGGACUAGUUUCGAGACCAGCUCAUAUUCUUAUACUCAGACUACCUUUGAUGUCAUAUCAGAAUCAACAGCUGGCCCAGAGAUUGAGGGUUCCUCAAAACCCAGUGAGGAUAGUGCAAGCACUGAUGGAGACCAAGUGAACCAAACAGCAGCUCUCUUAGGUGUUAGCUCAGAACAUGUGACAAGUACCAGUGACAUUACCCAACCUGAAAAUAUGGGAAGCAUCACCAGGUCACAGCCUGACAUUGGGACUGAUUUUGAGACCACCACACAGUCUGACAUUGAGAGUACAUUUGAGAACAUCUCAGAAUCAACAGCUCACCCAGAAGUUGGGAUGUCCUCAGAACCUGAUGAGGAUAAUGGAACAAGCAUUGAUGGAAACACAGAAAAUGAUGCUUCUGUGACCAGCCCACCAUUCUCUAGAACAAGUGGUUUAGGGCGAAGCACAUCUGGAGAGGUAACAAAUACGUCAUCUGAAAAGCAUACAACCUCAACAACACCUUCUGAAGUCACAGAUGAACCAAAUUCUGCUGCCAUAAAUGAGGAAAAGUACCAGGAAGAAGGUGGACGUGAGGAUACAACCCUAGCUGAACAAACAGACAUAAGAUUUAGGAGCACAGCACAACCUCAAUUUGACAACUCUUUUACUUCAAGCAUUGUGAAGAGCAGCUCAGAGGAGGGUUCAAUUAUCAACUCAUCAUCUGGUGAGGUUCAAGCUGUUAUUCUGUCCACUACAACAGGCUCACCUUUACUUCUAACACCUGAGAAUGAUGUAAAGAUUGUCAGUAAAGAAACUUCCUCAGAAAAACAAGAGGCAGCUGGUCAGAUCGAAGAAGCUGUAACUCUAAAAACUGAGAUUCCAAUUCAAGAAAUGGAUCUGAUGACUUCAUCAGUGCCUACAACUCAGAGUGAGACUGCAACAACAUUAGCUUCUCCUGAAGAUGUUUUAGAGGCUGCUUUAGUUGAAAGUUCACCUACAAGUGCACAGAAUGAAACCACAACACGUGGUGCAAAAGAUGUUGCGUACCCAAUGAUUGCACAGACCGUUGAAAUUCCAGGUGUCCACUCCUGUUCUGAUGCUGUUUGCUUGAAUGGUGGUACAUGUAUAAAAACAGGCGGUGCUCAAAUCUGCAUAUGUCAACCUGGAUACAGUGGUGAACAAUGUGAAAUAGACAUUGAUGAAUGUCACACAAACCCUUGUCGUAAUGGAGGAACAUGCAUUGAUGGCCUAAACUCAUUCACCUGUCUAUGUCUUCCAAGUUAUGCAGGAGCACUAUGUGAACAAGAUACUGAAACAUGCAGCUAUGGCUGGCAUAAGUUCCAGGGUCAUUGCUACAAAUACUUUCCCCAUCGACGUAACUGGGACACAGCAGAGCGUGAAUGUCGUCUCCAGGGGGCACAUCUUGCUAGUGUCCUGUCCCAUGAUGAGCAGCAAUACAUCAACCGUCUUGGCCAUGACUACCAGUGGAUUGGUCUGAAUGAUAAGAUGUUUGAGAAUGAUUUCCGGUGGACAGAUGGUAGAGUUGUGCAAUAUGAAAACUGGAGACCGAACCAGCCGGACAGUUUCUUCUCCUCCGGGGAGGAUUGUGUGGUGAUGAUCUGGCAUGAGGACGGCCAGUGGAAUGACGUUCCCUGUAACUACCACCUCACUUUCACCUGCAAGAAAGGCACAGUAUCCUGCAGUCAGCCUCCUAUUGUUCAUAAUGCCCGCACGUUUGGCCAGCCACGUCCACGCUAUGAGAUAAACUCCCUGAUCAGGUACCAAUGUAUGGACGGCUUCAUCCAGAGACACGUUCCCACCAUUCGCUGCAGAGGCGACGGCUUAUGGGACUCUCCCAGGAUUUCCUGCAUGAGCCCAUCCAACUACCAAAGGUCGUAUACAAGAAGACUUCAGAGAUACAGCGUUUACCGCAAUAAUCGAAAGAGAUCAGCAGAACAUUCAGUGGAUGUACACAGACGAAGACACCACCACCACCACCACCACCAUGGUGGUAAACACAUUCGGACAAAACAAUAGUUGCCUUGAUAAAACAACCCAAAUGCAAGGACCCAUUUAAUGUAUAUUGAUAGUGGCCUGCAUAUGACGGACCUGCCUGCUGGGCAAAAAAAAAAAGAUUACUAAAGAAAAAAAUAUGAAAAGGACCAUAACAAGGUUAAAGCAAAAUAUCACUGGAAUUUCUUUCAGUGUUUGAAUCUUUUACCAGAGAUGCCUUUUAGAAACUACAGUACAUCAAAAGACACACAUUCAGCUGGCCUCUGAAAAGAAAACACACAAACAAAAUUAUUUAACCUGUCUUCCAUCAGCUCCGGGUUUACUUGGAAAUACACAGUGCCUUCAUGAAUUUAAAGGCCAGCAUACCAUUCAUAGCAUUAUAGCUUAUAAACAUAAUAAUACAUUUUGAUGCACACUUGAUGUAUGAUUACUUUGUCUUUACUAGAAUCACAGGUGUUUGCAGAUAUCCUGCUGCUUACUGAACAAUUGAGAAAUCAUACAUAUGAAUGUGAAAGAAUAUAUAUAUUUAUAUAGACAGAGUGAGCAAUGGCUCAUGUGAGUCAUGUGAUUGUCGCAAAAAACAAAAAGGCAUAGGUAUCAUUAAAAAAACUGUAUUCAAUACAGUGAAUGUUUUGAUAUCGUAAAGUUAUCACAUUACAUUUUAAUACUCUGACUUUAAAGUAUUGAAAAGCCAUGUAGAUUUUAGAUUAUUUAUAUUCCUCAUUUUGAUGUCUCUUUCAAAUGUUUACAGUGCAAAUUCUAUUUCACAUGCAUUAAUUCCUUUACAUCUGUAAACCAAGAAACUUACUGUAUGUACUCUACGUCAUUUCUUUUUGACAAUUUAAAAUAUCUUUAAAGAGAAUGUACUUCGUGAGAUGCUGAAAAGACUUGAACGAAUGUCUUUGUAACAAGAUGCCUAUAAUUUAUUUCUUGAGCUGCUCCUUGUUUUCUUAAUGUUGUAGUAAAAUAUAACAUACCGAUGAUUUAACUUGGCCAAAUUGCGCAUUGACAGAAUUCAAUAGAUUAAAUGACAUGGUCAAUAGCUGGCAUUAAUGUGACUAAUAUUUGCAACUCACAGAAUUUAAAUGCAUUAUGACAUUUGGGGUGUAUCAAUGGACCAAAAAAAAGGAUUCAUAACAGCUUUGACAGCAGUGUGUUGUUGGUCAUCCAUUUGUUUAUUCCCAAGCAUUUGUUUUUCUUUGAGAUCUUUUCUUUUGUGUUUACUUUUUGUUUGUUUUGAAAAUGCACAUAUCUUUUUUAUAUUUAUAUUACUUGUCAAAAGAUUGUCUGGAAUGUUUUAUGCCUUUUAUGUAAACAAAGUUUAUUAUAUUCUAC